GGAAAGGUGAACCCAAAGGAUGAGUUCAAAGCGAGAGCUCGAUUCCUGUCCGAUAAGUACGAGUGGGACGCGACUGAAGCCCGAAAGAUCUGGGCGUUUGGACCCGAAGGCACCGGACCUAACCUUUUGGUCGAUGUCACUAAAGGAGUUCAAUAUUUGAACGAAAUCAAGGACUCAGUUGUCGCUGGUUUCCAGUGGGCGACCAAAGAGAGCGUUUUGUGUGAGGAGAACAUGAGAGGCGUUCGCUUUAACAUUCAUGACGUGACACUACACGCCGAUGCCAUCCAUCGCGGCGGCGGACAAAUCAUCCCAACAGCUCGGCGUUGUUUCUACGCCUGUAUGAUAACGGCUCAGCCAAGACUUCUGGAGCCCGUCUAUAAUGUGGAGAUCCAGUGCCCGGAAAGCGCUGUCGGAGGCAUUUAUGGCGUAUUGAAUCGCAGAAGAGGUCAUGUCGUUGAGGAGAACCAAGUGAUGGGAACUCCGAUGUUUCACGUGAAGGCUUUCCUUCCCGUCAACGAGUCGUUUGGA